CGUGUUCGUGCAGUGGCGCUGAGCGGCGAAAAGGCGAGAAUUUGCGACGACCUAUUAACACGAGGCGAGGUGAAGCAUUGCAAUUGCAUUAGCGCUAAAAGCCCCCCCUUUUGCAGGGGCGUAACUGGUGGACCUCCUGACGUGUCGCUACCGUUUCGCCGGGUACUCCGAGGAUGUCGAAGGUGACGAAGAUGGGGAAGGCGGCCAAGGCCAUGAAGAAGGUGGACCACAAUAAGACUAUCCGCACAAUCAUCCGUGCCGGCCAGGCCAUUCCUGGGCCACCACUGGGACCAAUUCUGGGACAGAGAGGCAUCGCCAUUGGCCCGUUCUGCAAGAACUUCAACGAAGCAACCAAGGACAUCAAGGAGGGAAUUCCCCUGCCCAUCCGCAUCCACAUCAAGCCCGAUCGCACGUACGACCUGGAGCUUCGUCAGCCGACAACGUCUUACUUCCUCAAGGCAGCCGCCGGGAUCAAGAAGGGAGCGCGACAGACGGGCCACGAGGUGGCCGGGAAACUGACGCUGAAGCACAUCUACGAGAUCGCGUGCAUCAAGGCGAAGGACGAGCCGUUCCGAGUGCGCGACACCUCUGUGCUCAACGUGUGCAAGUCGCUCAUCGGCACGGCUCGCUCGCUCGGCCUGCAGGUCGUCCCCUUCCUCUCUGCUGAAGAGUACCGCGUGUUCCUGGAGGAGCGAGAAGUGUUCAUCAAGAAGAGGGAGGAGGAGGACCAGGCGGCAGCUGCUGAGGCUCUGCAGAACUUGCGCAAAAAGUAGUCCCAUGUGGACACGAACUGACGAGAUCCCACCCAACCCAACCUAAACUGACUUGACCAAUGUUCCAAACUGACCCUCCCUGACCUGAUCUUUGAGGCAUCCUUCCACUGACCUGAUUUCAACUGAACUUAGCUGACCUUAGCUAACCUCAGCUGAAUCCACCAGACCUGUGCUCACACUGACCUGAUACAAAGACACCUAGAGCUGACCUUUCACUCCCUGACCUGUGUCCUGACCUGACUUUGCUCCAACCUGACCUGACCCAAAUAAACCUGGACUAAAAUCGAACCAGGACAAAUUCAUUUUCCCGACCUCAACCAAAGUGCGCCCGACCGGAAGCUGCCCGCGGACCUGGCCUAACCCACCUCGCCUAGCAGGGGCCGCGUUGCGUUCGGUGGGAAUGGGUGCCGUGGCGUUUCUGCAGUCGUCGUCGUCGUCCUCACUACGGAUGUAGAAUCAUUCCUGCCCCCCCCCCCCAUGGUGUGUUGGUCGUGGAGUUUGUUCAACCGUGCUUCUUCACUUCGGUUAGUGCGGGUUGUUGAAGGGUUAUUGGGGUGGGGGGGGGGCCCAGGAGCGAUUCAGAUAUCGCUCGCAGCCAGCGCACUGCCGUCCGCCCCCCCCACAGUCCCCUCCACUGCCCCCUCCACAGUCUCCCCAGUGGAUGUUGCAGCCGCGUGUGUGUGUGUGUGUGCGCGCUAUCAGCGGUAGUGUAGCGGUCAGCGCGCCACGCUACGAACCCUGGCGACUCGAAUUCGAUUCCCGCUCACGGACAACACCGGUGGCGAUUAUCUAAACCGGUCCUGGGCAUCCCCUAGGUCGAACUCGGCAUCAAAUGAGUACCUGGUGCAGUGUGUAUACAUCGCCACUGGGGAGACAAAGGCGGCCGGGCGUGGUACUGGCCACCCACCCCCUCGUGUGCCCUGCCUGUCUUCAUAUGUGCUACACGUCAACAGCGCAUGCCCCAACAGUCUGUUAAGGCUACGCAUGGGGGGGAUCUUUGUCUAUCAGCACCCAGGUCAUCUUGUACGUAAGCAGUUGCGCUCCCGCGGUGGCGGAGUUGGUCGUGACGUUUUGAAGCGGAUGUGAACGUUCAUCGCAAAACCCAGAACAAAUAAACGUUGUAGACGCCUA